AUGGGGAACGAAGCGAGCUUGGAAGGAGGCGAAGGGCCGCCGUCUGGGCUACCAGAGGGGCUGGCACCUGACGGGAAGGGCGGCUUCGUCCGGGUCUCCGAUGGGACACCGGUCAACCUGAGUGAACUCAGCGAGGAGCAGAGGAGGCAGCUCGCCGCGGCGAUGUCAAGGGCGCAAGCCAGGCAGCCCGGAGGCGCAGCAGCUGCACGAAGACCAUCAGAAUCUGAUACACAUCAGCGUUCCCAGCAGGUAGGGGCCUCCAGGGGCCCCACAGGUCUCAGUAAGAGUCGUACUGUAGACGCCUUCAACCAGGGUCCACCUGGCAAGCCCACACCGGGCCGCAGCCCCUCAUCCCUCAGCCUUUUUGAAUCCAGAUUCCGGCAGGAGCCUAAAGACCCAGAGACCAAGUCAUCCAGCAUGUUUGGCUCCAGCUUCAUGUCAUCUAUGACCUCUGUCUCCUCCUCCAUAUCCUCCAUGGGGGAUUCUGUCAACAUCCCCAAGUUUGGACUAUUUGGGGAUGAGGAGGAGGGAGAUGCAUCUGCAACACUUGUGUCCAAGCAGGGAGGAAAGCCACCAGGCAAGGGCCCUCAGCAAGGGCCAGGUCCAAAGGGACCACAACAGGGAGGACCUCAGAAACAGGGUCAGGGCCCUCCUGGACAGGGGCCAAAACCAGGGCAAGGACCCCCUGGUCAGGGACCCAAGCAAGGACAGGGACCACCAGGCCAGGGACCAAAAUCUGGCCAGGGUCCUCCUGGCCAAGGACCCCCUGGGCAGGCCCCCAGGCAAGGACAGGGACCACCAGGCCAGGGGCCAAAAUCUGGCCAGGGUCCUCCUGGCCAAGGACCCCCUGGGCAGGCCCCAAGGCAAAGUCAAGGUCCACCAGGCCAAGGACCCCCAGGGCAACAGGCCCCCAAACCAGGUCAAGGACCACCAGGUCAAGGUGCCAUACAGAGUGGCCCUCCCCAGCAGAAAGGUGGACCCCCUCAGCAAGGACCUGGGAAGCCUGGACCCAAACCAGGCCCUGGGGCUCAUCCUGUAGAGCCAGCUAAGAGCGGCGGGCCUCCUGGUCAGCAGGGGGCUGGAAAACCUGGAGCAGGACUCUGUCCACUGUGUAAGACCACCCAGCUAAACAUUGGGUCAAAGGACCCCACUAAUUACAACAACUGCACUGAGUGUAAGAACCAGGUCUGCAGCCUCUGCGGGUUCAGCCCCCCAGACUCAGCGGGUAAAGAGUGGCUAUGUCUGAACUGCCAGAUGCAACGAGCAAUGGGAGGUAUGGAUCCCCCUGGAAUGACAAAGCCCAAACAAGGCUCAGCCCCGCCCUCACCCCAGAGACAGGCAUCUGGCAAGCCUGGAAAGCUGCUGAUAAAGCAACAGAGUACCACCGACCAAGGGUUAACGCCACCAACCACACCGAGGCAGAAAUCCCCAGGUCCUACCUCUCCUGGGCCGCUUUCCCCUGGCUCCUCAUUGGGAGGAUCCCCCAAGAUUGACCCCAAGACAGGCCGCCCCAUUCAGCUGAAGUCCAGUCCCCAGCAGUCUCCAUCUAAAGCCAAACAGGAGUCCAGCUUCUUUGGGGGAUUUGGAGGUAUCAGUCUGGGAAGCUUGACAGACACAGCCAAACCUCCUGCGGCUGCUUCACAAGCUGCCGAGUCCGUUACAGGGAAACUGUUUGGUGGGUUUGGCGGUUUGAUGGAAUCAUCGAAGCCUCAAGCACAGGCCGCACCAAAGCAGGAGGAGUCAGUGGCUGGGAAGUUGUUUGGCGGUUUUGGAGGGUUGACAGAAACAGCAAAACCUCCAGCUGCUGCUUCUCAAAUGUUCAGCUUUGGAUCAUCACUCUUGAGUUCAGCCUCUAAUCUUGUCUCUGGAGAGGAUGAGAAGGCAGCAGGUUCUCCACCUGGGUCACCCCUAGACUCUGGACCAGGUUCUCCUGCAGAUUCUGGCCCCGGCUCACCACCUGACUCCCCCUUCUCUCUUCCUGGGUCUCCUCCUGAUUCGGACUCUGCUCCUGACACUCCAACCAAGUCCAAGAGACCCCCCAGAACCAUUUCUGUGGAACAGGAAGAGAAGGUGCCAGCAGCCAAACCUGGACCUGCCCCAGCCUCAACAACCAAGGAAAGCUGCCCUCUCUGUAAUGUGGAGCUGAACAUCGGCUCAGCAGACACGCCCAACUACAGCUUCUGCACCGAGUGCAAGAAGACAGUUUGCAAUCUUUGUGGAUUUAAUCCUACUCCCCAUUUAGGAGAGAAAGAAUGGCUCUGCCUCAACUGUCAGACCCAAAGAGUCAUGUCUGGCCAGCUGGGAGACAUGCCAACUCCAGCCAUGGCUUCUCCAAAGAAGCAACCAGCUGCUCCUGCUCCCUCUUCCACCCCUGCCCCUGCUGCUCUAGAUAGCAAACCUGUAGUAGAAGCAGCAGACCUAACCCCACCAGCUCCUGAUACCAAGGUGAAAACAGUGGAGACCUUGAAGGAGCCUGGAGAGAAAGAAAUGGCUGCCAAGGACAGCAGUCCCACCAGCCCAUCAGACCUAGCCAAGCUGGAAAGCACAGUCCUUCCCAUUCUUGAGGCCAAGGCAAGCACGCAACCAAAGGAUAAUGAGGAGAAACUAACAGACACUCUGAAGACCAGACGUAAAUUAGAGGUGCUUCCUCUCUCACCUGACUCACCCAGCUCAGAAGAUGACAGAGAACCUUCUGAGAAGAACACCAAAUGUACCACAAAGAAAAAGCUCCUUGUGCCCAUGGAUGUCAGGGCAGAUUCCCUGGAUGAUAGCAGUGAAAGCUUUGGAAAGGAAAGCCCAAUGUCUGGGGAGGAUGAGGAAUUUAUCCGAAAACAGAUAAUGGAAAUGAGUGAGAAUGAGGAUGCUUCCCCGUCUGAUGAGGAAAAUCUAAUCCGACGCAAGAUCAGAGAGAAUGAGAAGAAACAAAUGCAACAGAAGACAGCAGAGAUUGUUGAGAGGAGUACAUCAGGAAAAGCCUGGCGACUUACCAAAAAAAGCACUAUAAGUCCAGAUGAUGAAGAAGAUAAGCAACUCUGUGGCUCAAUGGAUAAACCUGAUAUAGACAAAGAGGAGGGACAAGAACCAAAAGAAGAGGAGCAUCAGAGUGGUACUGGAGUUCGCAAAUUCCAAACUAUGGAGCUGAAUUCAACCAGCAGCCCUGUGCGUAUACCUACUGAUGAUGGAGAGCCUGAAAUGGAAAGCCUUACAGACUCUCCAGAUGACCGGUCAAGAGGUGAGGGGUCGUCCAGUCUACAUGCAUCCAGCUUCACUCCUGGGACAUCCCCAACAUCUGUCUCAUCCCUGGAUGAAGACAGUGACAGUAGUAGUCCCAGCCAUAUCCGUUCUGGUGAAGGUAAACAACACAGGAAAGCCAAACACAGACAACCUGGUCAAACGCUGCCAACUAUUGAAGACUCUUCUGAGGAAGAAGAGUUACGGGAAGAAGAGGAGCUGCUCAGGGAGCAAGAAAAACAAAAGGGUUCUGGCAAAAAAUCCAAGAAAGACAAAGAAGAGAUUCGAGCCCAGAGAAGGCGAGAGCGUCCAAAAUCACCACCAAGCAACCUUUCCCCCAUUGAAGAUGCCUCACCAACUGAGGAACUUAGGCAAGAGAUUGAGAUGGAGGAAAUCAGACGAUCAUCCUGCUCGGAUUUCUCCCCCAGUAUUGAAUCCGAUUCUGAAGGAUUUGAAAUCCAUCCUGCAAAGAUUGCAGCAGUUCAGAAAACCUAUCAACUGCCUGUAUCAGUAUCUCUUCACUCUCCAACAGAUGAUCAAAAUACUGAUAAACCGCAGAAAAAAUCUCUCAAAUCUGCUGAUGAGGCUUAUGAGGAAAUAAUGCUGAGGGCUAAGUCUCCAACACUUGACAAAGGCGAGAUACAACUGGAAAAAGAGUCCCUUUAUGGAGGCAUGCUUAUUGAAGACUAUGCCUAUGGAUCUCUUAUUGACAAUUCAACAGAUAAUCUGGGGGAGCCAGAGAAGAUUGUUGUUCCUGUCCAACCCAAAACGCUCAGAUCACCAGAUGAAGUUUAUGAAGAUAUGAUAAAGAAGAGGAAGGAGUUCAUGCAGCUGGAGCAAGAAUAUCAAAAUAUUCAGCCAAAAAAGGAAAGCACUUACCCAGAAAUUGUGUUGCAACCUGCUGAGAAUAUCAUCCCUAAACACAGCAUAGUAACAUUAGGCAAAGAUGGAAAGCCAUUGUUGGAUGCUGAAACUGCAUAUGAAGAGCUGAUUAAAAGAGUGCUGACUCCUGGAACAAGUCCAACUCAGCAGGCACCAGAAGCAGAAGCCAAUGCAUCUAGAAGGGCACUCCACCCCAUUCCAGACUUAAAGGUGACGCAGUGCUCUUCAGGAGAGUUGUCUUCUGAUGACGAGAGUAUGAUUAAAAAGGAAGCAGAUACAACUGCAGUGUCAGACACAACAUUACCUAUGGAAACUGAGCCUGUGACAGUGUUUUCCGAGUCCCCUCCAAUAUCCAUAUCAGAUCAGCAACCUCACACCACAAUUGCAGAAUCACAGGCUGAAGUUGUUGACUUAUCUAGCGCACUACCAAGAACAUCAGCCCCCGUAAUUGUAAGUGUUUCACCCUUGCCCACAGUCCCCCAGUAUACACCCACUAUUCCCAGCGUAGUUUCAACUGCUCCACCUAUACCUCCCAAGCCAAGUGUCCUGCGUCGGGCUAAUUCUCAGGAAAAAGCAGAAGUACCUGUUGCACCACCACUGCCUCCUCCUACCCCACCAAAACCUACUGUUUUUCCCAGGAAAGCUCCAGUUCCACUUCCACCUCAGGCUUCAGCAACUCCAAUCAGGCCCGAGAUAGUGGCUACAACUGCAGCCCAAGUACCACCUACAAGACAAACAGUUACCCCAAUGUACAAGCCUCAUGUUCCCCCUCCUGUUGCACCAAAGCCAUCCAUUAAUGCAGGGAUUGGGGAUAGCCACCGACCAGGACAUGGUGUCAAACCACCAAUUGCACCAAAGCCUGGCUCACAGCCUUCUUCACCUGCCCAUGCCUCACAUCUACCAAGACCCACUGUACUUCCCACUGGUCCUACUGACAUAGCCCUGAAUUUGAGCCCUUCCUCUGAGAGCAAGCUUUUUCAACCCGCACCAAAGUCCCCUUCUUCUCCAAGAUAUGCUAGCAAUCAUCGUGACACAUAUGUAGUCAUCACACUGCCAUCUCAGCCCAGCUCUCCAGUAGACAGUGUCUUAACUCAAGCUCCCUCAAGCCCUGGCCCAGUAUCUCCUUCACGCCAACCUCAGCCCCAAAGUUAUUACCAACCACAGCCGCAACCUCAAGCUUAUCCACAGCACCAUCCACAACCAAUCCCUCAUAAAACAACCAGGGUGCCUCUGGCAUACACACGAGUCACAGAAUCCAUUGAAAGUCAAGAGAUUUGUGGCCCAGAAAAACAUGUAUCUAGUUCUUGUCACACAAUUGAGGCUGUAUCUGCCUCGGCACAGCCACCUAUGGUUAUGCCUAACCUGAUCUCUCAAGUGGUCACCACCGAAGUCCAAAGGACCACUGUCUCUGUUGUUCAUGAAAGAACACCACCACCAGUGCCAGCUCCAAGGGCAAAUGGUGUCCCAAUCUCGAUGGAGAAACCUAAGCCCCAAUGGCCAGCACAGAAUGGACAGGCUGUCCAACCUUCUGAGGUAGUAGAUCUUAGGACUAUGAAGGUGGACCCAGGAUCAACCGUGGAAGGUGUGGAUCUGUCUGCUGGCCCAGACUCAAGACGUCAGUCCUUUGCAACCGAUGUCAUUCGUCAGAACAGCGCAGUGCAGUCACCUGUGGUCAACCUCAGUGCUGAAUCAUCCACUGUUUCUAUAGUGACUGAUAGUAUCACCAUUGUGACCUGUGCUGCCACAAUCCAGCAAUGUGACAAUGUAGACACUGCUCAAGUAUCUUCAGUGCCCCUUCAGCUAACAAAAAACAAAGCAUUUGAGCCGGUUUCUCAAAUUAUAUAUCGGCCAAUUGAGUCUCAGCUUUCCAUUCAUGCUGGUACAGAGACCCCUAUUAACCUCUCAGUUGGAUCAAGCACAGGUGGAGGAACUUUCCAGACCACCCCUGUCACUGUUGCACCCACUUUUAUUGCAAGUUGUGUUGCCAAUGGAUUAAUGACGGGUACAACCACAGUGGCAGGAGCUGUUGACCUUAGCACAACUAAAUCAUUCAACACUAUGGUAUCAGUGGAUGCUGCUUCUGCAGAAGUGGUCACAGCUGUAAUCACAGAUGAUGAUGGCAAACCAGUGGAUCUGACUGCAGGAAAAAGAGCUGUAUGCUGUGAUGUUGUAUAUAAGCUCCCAUUUUCAGGAAUCUGCACUACUCAGCAACCUACCACACCCCUGCCUGAAGAUCGUUUUGGAUAUCGGGAUGACCAUUACCAGUAUGACCGAUCACCUUAUGGCAUGAGAGGGUUUGGUGGAAUUAAACCAUCAAUGUCAGACACUAAUCUAGCAGAAGCUGGCCUGUUCUUUUACAAGAGUAAGAACAGCUAUAAUUUCAGUGGUACCACAGAGGGUGCAGUAGAUCUUACCUCAGCAAAGAUUUCUGAUGCAGGUGAAGCUGUUGACUACUCCAAGAAAGGGACUUACGCAGGAAUGACAAUUCCACCCUAUUCCCAAGCCAGAGUUACAAGUGCUGUCGGUACACUCUUUGGUACAAGCAGCGUCUUGAGGUCAUCAAAUGGGGUGGUCUAUUCCUCUGUCGCAGCACCAAUCCCAUCUACAUAUGCCAUUACUACCCAACCUGGGUCCAUCUUUAGUACAACAUACAACACUCUGUCAGGUAUGCAUACCAGCGACACCAUGCCUUCCCUGUCCAACCUCCAGAACUUGCCACUUACACGUUCCCACAGUUUCCUAUCUACCAUCUCCACUACUACAACAGAAGAACAAGGAGAUGCCCCACUCAAUCUGGAGAUCUCUAGAGGGGUUAGUACUGCUGCUGUUGCCAGAGCAACAAGCUCUUUAUCCCUUGACACCUACACGGAUGCAUCCCUAGAGGCCAUAGCUGCUUCACUUGAGGCUCUGUCUUCACCUUUGGUUCCUGGGGAUGGCCAAUAUCAGGCAGAGCGUGAGAGGCUAGAGAUGGAGAAACUCAAGCAACAGCACCUGGCUGAGGAAUUAGAGUGGGAGCGCCAGGAGAUUCAACGCUUCCGAGAGCAUGAACAGUUCUUGGUGCAGAAGGAACUAGAGGAGCUGCAGGCCAUGAAGCAGCAGAUCCUGAACCAACAAGAAGAGGAAAGACAGGCUCACCUUAUGAUGCAGAAAGAAACCUAUGCCCAGCAACAGCAGCAACUUGAGCAGAUUCAGAGACUCCAAGAGCAACUGCGCAUGCAACUGGAAGAGCAAAAGCUUCGUCAGCUGUACCCAGGUGGGGACAUACCAGGGCAUGGCGUGCAGGAGGCACUUGUCUUAGGACCUGAUGGCACAGUCCUGUCCCGAAAGAUCACAGAUAGUGGGUGCCAGACAGAUGAAGAGGAUGAGACAGUCAGCAAAGCCUACACAGCAGGGAGAAAAAAGAGAAGUACUAAAAAGAGUGUUGACAGUUGUGUGCAGACUGAUGAUGAGGAUCAAGAGGAAUGGGAGGCUCAGACCAGAAACCGACAAAGCCGGCCACGCACUGCCAGGGGUGAUAGGGGUGGGCAUUCAGAGAUGUCUCUUAAAGCCCAUACUGAGAUUUCUAUACAAACAGAUACAGAGGGGAACAUUAGAAUGGACACCAGGAUGGAGCUGUCUGACUCUGAAAGGACCUCACCAAAGAAAAGACCUAUCCCCUUAGAAAUAGGCCAAUCUCCAAACCUGAAAGUUGAUUCCUCUACACUUCAAGCCCCUCUUAAAUCUCCCAACGUGCUUUAUUCCCCCAUAUCCCCCUGUAUAUCCCCUAGCAAAUCCCUUGAAUUUGUGUCCUAUGACAAAUCACUGGGUGAUACAAGCCCACAAAAGCUAAGAGGAAGUACUGAUCUAUCAAAAGCCUCUCCAGCAAGUCCAAGGGGAGCAAAAGCCAUUCAGAGAUCCAUGUCUGACCCUAAGCCCUUGAGUCCAACAGGAGACGAAAGGGCAACAUCUGGCACCCAGCAUGGUGAAAGCUAUACUGGGAAAGAUGCGGGUGGCACACCAACAGGCACUCAAAAAAAAGUGAAGAGGACUCUCCCCAAUCCACCGUCAGAGGAAGAGACAACAACGAGUGGCCAGACAGCAUACAGCACUGGUUCGGCCCGUCGAAGAAUGUGCCGCAAUUCCAACAUGGCACGUGCCAAGAUCUUACAAGACAUUGAUCGUGAGCUAGAUAUGGUGGAGCGUGAGUCAUCUAAGCUGCGCAAAAGACAAGCAGAGUUAGAUGAAGAGGAAAAAGAGAUUGAUGCCAAGCUUAGGUAUUUGGAGAUGGGCAUUAAUCGUAGAAAGGAUGUGCUACUGAAGGAGAGAGAAAAGAGGGAAAGGGCAUAUUUACAGAGUGUUGCCGAGGACAGAGAUUACAUGUCAGACAGUGAGGUUAGUAACAUCCGAGAGACGAGAGGUGGGCGUGGAAGUGGAGAAGAUGAGGAGAUUGAAGGUCAUGGUCUUGAACGUCCCAGGACUGCUCCUCAGUCAGAAUUGGAUGACUUUGUCCCACCUGAAACUAAGCAUGAGUAUGGAAAAUACUCCCAGUACCAAUACAAUCAAAACCAAUACCAGCAGUCUCUCUACCAGACUCCCCAGUCCUACCAAUCUCAUUCCCUCUACUCCUCUGUCCCCUCGCUCACUAGCGCCCAGCAGCAAAGUUACCACCAGAUGCUGCUGUUGCAGCAGAAAGCCGCCAGACAAGCAGCUCUCCUCUCAGAGCUUGAUGCAACUAAAUAUGAAGUAAUUAGCCGCCAGCCUGAUCCCACAUCAUCAGCUUACCUGGGAGUCACGUAUGACAAAUAUGGCAACCACCUUGACCUCAGAGCCUUGGAGGUGGGAAGUAUAGCACGUAGCCCCAUGUCAGCUGUCUCUGAUUCCUAUUACACAGAUGUAGAUCACCAUACACCUCAGAGUUACAUGUUGCUGGAAGAUGCUGCAGAACUGGCUAAGGGCUCCACAGGUCUGUCUUCAUCUUACAGUCUGGCUGAGAGGGAGCUGGCCAAGGCAGAGAAGCUGCUGCGUAGGAGUGCUGCAGAUCUCGGGUCUACUGACUAUCUGGGAUCCACCUCGAGACUCCAUACUUUUGGAAAGACCCCUGAUGAAGAGGAUACAAUGGAGGAACCCUACGAACUAAAACUCCUGAAGCAGCAGCUCAAGCAAGAGUUUAGGAGAAGUACAGGUGGGACAGAAAACUUAGAACAACUGACAGGCCUCUCCCAGCACUACUAUACCCCAAGUACUAGCAUAUCUAGUUACUCCCAAAGAAACUAUCCAAAGUCAGACAAGUACAGCAUCAGUCGACUUACUCUAGAGAAGCAGGCGGCUAAAAAUCUCCCAGCAUCCAUGCUGUACCAAAAACAUAAGGCACCAUUGUUAGAUCCUAAGAUCUCUUCCAAGUAUUCCUCUAUGACAGAUAACAGAAGUUUGGAGACAGACUAUACCAGCUAUCUUGGGACUACCAGUGCAUCGGUGAGAUCCAGCCGGCUCUCGCAAGAUGAGAUUACCUUUGGCCUUCGUAAGAAUAUUGCAGAGCAACAAAAAUACCUGGGAUCCACCUUGGGUGCCAACUUGGCUGGGUCGCUAAACUUGGGCCAGAGCUUAGGUUUGGACUCUGCCUAUCCUAGUGGUAGUCGCUCAAGACCCUCAUCCAGGCCCACAUCUUGCUAUGGCCUGGACUUGUCUAUCAAAAGAGAUCCAUCCAGCUCUUCACUGAGACUUAAAGGGGAUGGUGAAACAUCUGUAGAUGUGCCAAGCUAUCAAACCCCAUCUGGUCGCACCAAACCCACCAGCCUCCCCAUUGUGCAAAGUGGCCGUGGCCGAAUACCCAUAGUGGCCCAGAACUCAGAGGAAGAGAGUCCAUUGAGCCCAGUUGGGCAGCCUAUGGGCAUGGCCCGUGCAUCAGCAGGACCUCUGCCACCCAUUUCAGCUGAUUCAAGGGAUCAGUUUGGUUCCUGCUUGUCCUUGCAGGACUCCCAGCAGCCGCAACAUAUCAGGGAAGAGCCAACCAGGGGUAGGGGUUAUGUGCUGCUGGAUGACCUGCAGGGCACCAUGUCAGAUAGUGAAGCCUACCACCUUAAACGAGAGGAGACAGACUGGUUUGACAAACCUAGAGACGGACGGUCAGAGAAUGGACAAGAGAAGAGACAGGUGAAACAGGAAAAACACCCACACAACACACACCUAUCGUCACAUUCAGACUCUGUAGUAAACUUCUGUCAUGGAAAAGGCCCAUACUACCCCUUCCCUCACCUCAGGGUCAAACUACAGAGGGAUCCCAAAGACCGCAGUGUCUCAGGAAAUGGUCUGGGUAUCCGUGUGGUUGGAGGAAAAGAGGUCCCAGGCAGUAAUGGAGACAUUGGAGCCUAUGUUGCCAAAGUCCUACCUGGAGGAGCUGCAGAACAAACAGGAAAGAUUCUUGAAGGAAUGCAAGUCCUGGAGUGGAAUGGUGUUCUUCUGACGGGGAAAACCUAUGAAGAGGUACAAGGGCUCGUCGGGCAGCCGUGCAAUGAAGCAGAAGUGUGUGUCAGACUUGAUCUCAACAUGCUGGCUGACUCUGACGGUUCUGACCACCUGGAUUUUCAAGAGCACGGCAAAGGUGACAGACCUCCCAGGUCUCCAGGUGUUGACCCCAAACAGCUGGCGGCUGAGCUGCAGAAGGUGUCCCAGCAGCAGGCUCCCACCUCCACCUCUUCCUCUGGUCUGCCCCCCACAACCUCGGCGACCUCCAGCCCCGCUCAGCCAGGAUCACCCUCCGUCAGCAAGAAACGCCACAGCAGCAAGACUGCAGAGGGAAUGAAGACCCAGUCCCACCCCAUCUCUGGAGAGAUAGAGCUUCAAAUCCACUACGACAAGCAGCUUGGCAACUUGAUCGUUCACGUCCUGAAGGCUAGAAACCUUGCCCCGCGGGACAACAAUGGUUACUCUGACCCGUUUGUUAAAGUGUAUCUCCUACCAGGGAGAGGUCAGGUCAUGGUUGUCCAGAAUGCCAGUGCUGAAAACAAGAGGAGGUCCAAACACGCAGGCAAGAGUCUCAACCCCGAGUGGAACCAGACUGUCAUCUAUAAAAACAUCCACCUGGAGCAACUGAGGAAGAAGACCCUGGAGGUGAGCGUGUGGGACUACGACAAGUGCUCCUCUAAUGAUUUCUUAGGAGAGGUCCUUAUUGACCUGUCCAACACAGCCCAGCUGGACAACGUCCCGCGGUGGCUUCUCCUGAAGGAGCAGAGCGAGGGUGACCACCACCGGCGCUCCCACUCAGGCCAGGGCCGACACACUUCCUCUAAAGCCUCCUCACAGCACUCCUCCCCUAAAACCACUGGCUCCGCACAUGACAAUCAGGAUUCCCCAAAAUCAUCUGUCAUCAAGAGCCGAAGCCACGGGAUCUUUCCAGAUCCGGCCAAGGACACGCAGGUGCCCACUAUCGAGAAAUCUCACAGUAGUCCUGGCACAUCGAAGCCUUCCCCGUCCGAGGGCCAGAGCCAAAGCCAAAGCCAAAGCCAAAGCCACGGACACAGCCAACACUCUCGCUCGCACGGCGCUUCACGCUCCAGCAAAAGUGCCGCACGGCAACACCAUCAGGACAGCGGCACUGGAAGCGGCGGAGGCGCUGCCAUAGCAACGGGCGAUGCCCCACAGCAGUCACAGCAGCAGCCGCCUCAACGCCUCCAACCAAGCCAAAUAGGCCGCCUCUCACUGAAGUACCAGAGACACAGCGUAGUGGGCGUGCUCACCAUUCAGAGAGCCCAGUCUGAUUGGCUACCUGCCCUGCCAUCGGCUGUGUCGGCCAAAGGGAGCAGAGCAGACGGCAGACACUUGACCCUCAGGAAAGCCGUGUCAGAAGAGAGGCCGCAGAGGACCGGAGCUCGGUCGAGCUACAGAUCCAGUGAUGCCCCAGUCACAGCAGCCUCAUUGGACAGCGGCCUGAGUGGCAGUGCCUACAGCCUAUUGGACGAAGAAGGAGAGACAAACGAGGUGGACAGUGCCAUCUUCCAAGUGCCCCGACUUGGAAAGAUCCCAAACGGCACAGACGUGAUGAAAUCAUCAAUGGGACACGGUGACACUGAAGGUAAGUCCCAGGUAAUGGGGGAGAUAAAGAUUGCUCUGAAGAAGGAGAUGAAGACGGAGGGUGAGCAACUGGUCCUUGAGAUUCUUCAAUGUCGCAACAUCACCUACAAGUUCAAGACUCCAGACCACCUGCCUGAUCUUUAUGUGAAGCUCUAUGUGGUGAACAUCGCCACCCAGAAAAGGAUCAUCAAGAAGAAGACCAGAGUGUGUCGUCAUGACCGGGAGCCAUCUUUUAACGAAACUUUCCGCUUCUGUAUGAACCCCGCCGGACACUCUCUACAGCUGUUCCUGGUGUCCAAUGGUGGCAAGUUUGUAAAGAAGACCCUGAUAGGGGAGGCCUAUGUGUGGCUGGACAAAGUCGACCUACGCAAGCGAGUGGUGAGCUGGCACAAGCUUCUCACCAGCACCGCCCAGAUCCACUCAUAGAAGGAGACUCGAUCUGAAAAGAAAUAAGCUUGAGAGGGAAAGAAGAGGUUUCUGUUAUCUGGGGACACUUUGGUUCAACAUCUGUAACACUGAUCCACUCUUGUUUGGUAGGGGAGAGAGUGGUUUGGGUACGGGAGGGGGCAAAAUAUGUAUUUCUUUAAUCUUUCUUUCAGGGCUCAGAGUUUUUGAAGACGCUUAUGUUUGUUCUGAUGAUGAUUUCUGUCAUGCAGGAAGUUAGGAGGAAGUAGUAAUGCGUUUACAGGAAAUGAACACAAGUUUACAGGACGUACAGUGUACAGUUAGUGUGGCC